AUGUCGCGGGAUCGCCUCAAGCCUCCGCUGCUCGGGACUGCUGUCACCAUGUUCAAAAUGGUCCUGCGUUCUGGCUCUGGUUUUCCAAGAACCCAGAAUGCGCUGCUGCGGAGAAUGACCACCUCUUCAAUGGAUAAUAUCACAGACGUCCGCGCGCAGCUGACGACGGAGCUCAAGGCUGCGAUGAGGAGCAAGAACACGAUGAAGUCGACGGCAAUUCGUUCUGUCCUUGCUGAGCUAUAUUUGCGAUCCUCCGAAAAGCAGUCCUCCGACGGGCAAGUUCCCUCCGCUCCCUCUUUCGCACGCGCCCGAUGGGCUAAUCCUAUCAUCCACGAGCAGACGGAGUCCGCCGCCGAAUUUGAGAAAGCGUCUCGUUCUGAUCUAGCGCAGAAGGAGAAGGACGAAGCAGAUCUGUUGCAGGCCUUUGUUCCACCGCUUCUCCCCGAGGCAGAAAUAGACCGUGUACUUCGGCAAGUAUUUUCAGAACACCCUCAGCUGGCCGGUGAGGCUAGCUCUCGUAAAGCUCUGGGUCUCGUGUACAAAGCAUUUUACACAAAAGUCGACCGGUCGUCUGUUGACAGCGAUCUUGUGCGCAAACGCGCAGAGGCGCUACUCGCUGCGGAGGCGCGUCCAGCCUGA